AUGGAAAACGUUUUAUGCAUACAAGAAACGGUUGCGAUGUGUGAUAACGACGAGAUAUUCAUGAAAGAAAUGGUCGUCCUCAUGCGCAACGACAUCGUGGAGUGCCUUUCGUUGUUGGCGGAGGCCUUCAACAACAACAACCCGGCCCGGACGAGAGAGGUCGCUCACAGAGUAAAGGGACAAGCGGCUAGCAUGGCCGCCAAGGACCUGAUGUUACACUCCAAGAAGGUCGAAGAUGCCGCGAAAAUUGGUUUUUGUACCAAAACAGAGUACCUGAGCUUGGUUUUGAGUAUGAAGGAGUUUGUCCGGUGCACAAGAGACAUUGUUUGA